AUGAGGUGGAUAUUGGAUGGCGAAAAAGAUAGAAUUGUCCCACUUUUUUAUUCAAUGGCUUUAGAAAAAGACGAAGAUAAAAAACAAACAAAUACAUGCCUAUCAAUGGCGGAAUUUCAUCGUGCUUUUGGCAACUCCUUUUGACUUUCCUAGCUUCCACUGUCCCUGCAAAACACAUGGUUACCGAACAUUGUUGUUCCUGCAGAAUCGUUCCCAACAUAGAAUUUCAUCUGCUCAGCCAUGGAAACUCUAAACCUACAGGUUUUCUGCAUAAUUCUAUUUGCAAGCUCAUGCUUUUACACACUUUCUGCUGAGUCUCGCGUAUACAUUGUGCACAUGGAUUCAUCAGCCAUGCCUAGAGCCUUCUCAACGCACCACAGCUGGUAUUCAGCCACUCUUUCUUCCAUAUCAGACAACUCCAAAGCACCAACCAGCUCAAAACUCAUCCAUACUUAUACCAAUUCCAUCCAUGGCUUCACUGCAAAACUCACUCUUUCCGAGCUUGAAGCUCUCAAAAACUCCCCUGGCUAUAUUUCUUCUACCCCUGAUCGUCCCCUUAAGCUCCAUACCACCCACUCGUCUCAAUUUCUGGGUUUAAGAUCCAACUUUGGUGCCUGGCCUGCUUCUCGUUACGGUGAAGAUGUCAUAAUCGGUGUAAUCGAUACAGGAAUUUGGCCAGAGAGUGAGAGCUUCAACGAUAAAGGAAUGAGUGAAGUCCCUUCUAGGUGGAAAGGAAAAUGCGUAGCCGGAACAGAGUUCAAUUCUUCUCUGUGCAACAAGAAACUCAUCGGAGCUCGGUUCUACAACAAGGGUUAUCUCAAAAGCAAUCCCGGUGUUGAGACUAAGAUGAACUCCUCACGCGACACGCAUGGUCAUGGAACACAUACUGCUUCCACAGCUGCAGGGAGAUUCGUAGAAGGAGCUUCGUAUUUCGGUUAUGGAAAUGGCACUGCUACAGGCAUGGCACCGAUGGCUCGAAUUGCCAUAUACAAAGUGGUCUGGAACCGAGGGAUCGUUGAAUCUGAUGUUAUUGCAGCAAUAGACCAAGCCAUUGAAGAUGGGGUUGAUAUAUUGUCUAUCUCUUUGGGUUUUAACGAUGAAGAUAACCAUUUUCUUGAAGAUGAUAUAAUUGCUGUAGUCACUUUUGCCGCAACGAAGAAGGGAAUUUUUGUUGCCGCUGCAGCAGGAAACGAUGGAUCUAUUCAUGGGACUUUAAUCAAUGGAGCCCCAUGGGUAGUAACAGUAGGUGCAGGAACAGUGGAUCGAGAAUUUUCAGGGACUAUAACUUUGGGAAAUGGUGUGAAAAUUAGCAUUGAGACUUUAUAUCCAGGGAAUUACUCUUCAGACCAGGUUCCGAUUGUUUUCGUGGAUGGUUGCUUAGAUGUGAAGGAAUUGAAGAGACACAAAAACAAGAUUGUAGUCUGCAAAGACAAUCUGAAUAUAAACGACCAAGUCCAAAAUGUCAACUCCGCAAAUGUUUAUGGAGGAAUAUUCAUUACCAAUAUUACAUUAUCCGAUUCCUACACCAGAGACACUGGAUUUUUGUCAGCUUUUAUCGGUUUAAAAGAUGGACAAGAAGUAAUCGACUACAUUAAAAACAGCACCAAAAUCAUUCCGAAAGCAAAAUUGGAAUUCCGGAAGACAAUCCUGGGUACAAAGCCAGCACCAAAAGUGGACGAUUACAGUUCCAGAGGACCAUUUUUGAGCUGCCCAAAUGUUCUGAAACCAGACAUUCUCGCCCCUGGUACAUCAAUCUUGGCAUCAUGGUUACCCACCAAAUCGGUCGCCAAGGUGAAAUCGCAGUUCUUGUUCAGCAAUUUCAACAUCGACACGGGCACUUCCAUGGCCACACCUCAUGUCGCCGGCGUAGCGGCUCUGGUCAAGGCUGUUCACCCUGAUUGGAGCCCUGCAGCCAUUCGAUCGGCUAUCAUGACCACAGCGAAUCCAUUGGACAACGCUCAGACACCCAUCAAAGAUGUUGCAGGGGAUGAUGACAAGCCAGCCAACUCCUUAGGCAUUGGCUCUGGACAUAUCGAACCCAACAAGGCUCUUGAUCCGGGGCUCAUAUAUGAAGCUGAAACAGAGGAUUACAUUAAGUUCCUCUGUGCAUUUAAUUACACAGCAAAACAAAUCCGGAUUAUUAGUGGAUCUGCUCAAAGCUGUGUUAAUAAGUCUUUGGAUCUUAAUUACCCUUCUUUCAUUGCUUACUUUAUUGGAGAUGAAAAAAGUAAGAAAGCCAUAGUUGUACAGGAAUUUAGGAGGACAGUGACAAAUGUAGGUGAGGACAAUUCGAGUUACACAGCAAAUUUGACUUCCAUGGCUGGUUUGAAUGUGAAGGUUGAGCCGCAGAGACUGGUAUUUAGGAAGAAGUUUGAAAGGCUAAGUUACAAAUUGAUAUUGGAAGGUCCAAAAUUGUUGGAAGAGGAGGUGGUUCAAGGCUCUCUGACUUGGGUGGAGGAUAGUGGUAAAUAUGCAGUGAGGAGUCCAAUAUUGGCCACGAACCUCGACCCAAAGUCAUUAUAAGGAAAGCCAUUUAUAAUUGCUCAUUUGAGCAAAUGUGGGUGGGUUAAUAAUGGCAAUAAUAAAGGCAAGAAAAAUAAUGUGGAAAUAUGAGAAUUCGACAUUUUCUCUUUGUA